GAACUCAGUGGUUUUAAUCUCGGGAAGAAAUAAAUAAAUAAAAUCAAGUACUCUCUUGUACGGAGGUUUUAUCAUUUCCUCCUCCGUAAGUUUGUGUUCCGUGAGAAAAUUGGAUAAGAGUGUAAAAAAUUAAGCCUUUUUAUUCUGAUUUCACAAGCAGGGCUUAACUUUCAGGAAAAAUGGAAGAUUUCAACCAAAAUUGAUGGCAUGGAACGAAUGAAUACGGCAUUCACGUGUGUUUGUCCGCUGCCAUCGGUGAAGGUUCCCGUCCUCAUUUGCUCCUCUUGUACGUCCUCUCCCUGUGAUGCUAAUUUUCUUUCUUUUUAUCAUCUGAGAUUGGUCUCUUUUUUCUCCAAGGAAAUGGAUAUUCUUAGGUAUUUGCAGUGUUGCUUUUGGUGAGGCUUGGUUUUAUCAGAAGAGGGGGGAGGAAUUGGGGAAGAAGGGGGAUGAAAGAUGUCGUCUAGGUCGAACAGAGCGACCUGUUCACAGAGCAGCUCAUCACGGUCCAAGCACAGUGCUCGUGUGGUUGCUCAGACCUCCUUGGAUGCAAAGCUCCAUUCUGUGUUUGAGGACUCCGAUCAGCCAUUUGAUUACCCUAUGUCGAUUGGUGCUGCCAAUCGGUCGAGCGGUGCUGAGAGCUGUGGCAUCCCCUCCUCCACGGUCUCUGCUUACCUUCAACAGAUGCAGCGGGGAAAGUUCAUCCAGCCCUUUGGCUGCUUGCUUGCCAUUGAUGACCAGACGUUCACCAUCAUUGCAUAUAGUGAAAAUGCCCUGGAGAUGCUGGACCUGACGCCUCAUGCUGUCCCCAGCAUCGAGCAGCGAGAAGCCUUAACGAUUGGUACGGAUGUCCGAACUCUCUUCCGAUCUCCGAGCUCUGUUGCCUUGCAAAAGGCUGCAAGCUUUGGAGAGGUUAAUCUCCUUAACCCAAUACUAGUACAUUGCAGAAGCUCAGGGAAGCCUUUUUAUGCAAUAAUGCACAGAAUUGAUGUGGGAUUGGUUAUAGACUUGGAGCCUGUGAACCCUGCUGAUGUGCCAGUGACUGCAGCUGGAGCACUUAAAUCCUACAAACUAGCUGCAAAAGCCAUUUCAAGAUUGCAGUCUUUGCCCAGUGGAAAUAUCUCUCUCUUAUGCGAUGUCUUGGUUCGAGAAGUAAGUGAGCUGACAGGCUAUGAUAGGGUGAUGGCUUAUAAAUUCCAUGAAGAUGAGCAUGGUGAAGUUAUAGCUGAAUGUAGGAGAUCAGAUUUGGAGCCGUACCUUGGAUUGCAUUACCCUGCUACUGAUAUUCCACAGGCUUCAAGGUUUCUGUUCAUGAAGAAUAAAGUUAGGAUGAUAUGUGAUUGUUCUGCUCCACCAGUAAAAGUAAUCCAGGAUAAGAAAUUGGCUCAGCCUCUCAGUUUGUGUGGGUCAACAUUAAGAGCUCCUCAUGGAUGUCAUGCUCAGUACAUGGCUAAUAUGGGUUCGGUUGCUUCUCUCGUAAUGUCAGUCACAAUCAAUGAUGAUGAUGAUGAAACAGGCAGCGAACAGCAGCAGAAGGGGAGGAAGCUCUGGGGAUUGGUGGUUUGCCAUCACACUAGCCCAAGGUUUGUUCCUUUUCCACUCAGAUAUGCCUGUGAAUUUUUGUUGCAAGUUUUUGGCAUACAGCUUAACAAAGAGGUAGAGUUAGCAGCUCAAGCAAAGGAGAAACAUAUCCUUCGAAUGCAAACUCUUCUAUGUGAUAUGCUUCUCCGAGAUGCCCCGAUUGGAAUUUUUUCACAGUCACCGAAUGUUAUGGAUCUUGUUAAAUGUGAUGGUGCGGCUCUCUAUUACCGGAACCAGUUUUGGCUGUUGGGAACAACACCUACUGAGGCACAGAUAAGGGAUCUUGUUGCAUGGCUUCAAGAGUACCAUGAUGGCUCUACAGGCUUAAGUACUGACAGCUUAACAGAAGCAGGUUAUCCAGGUGCUGCUGACCUAGGAGAUGCAGUAUGUGGCAUGGCUGCAAUUAAAAUUACUUCCAAGGAUUUUAUCUUUUGGUUCCGGUCACACGCAGCAAAAGAGAUCAAGUGGGGUGGUGCCAAAUAUGAACCUGACAAUAGAGAUGAAGGAGGACAGAAAAUGCAUCCAAGAUCUUCAUUCAAGGCCUUCUUGGAGGUGGUGAAGCGAAGAAGUCUUCCUUGGGAAGAUAUUGAAAUGGAUGCAAUCCACUCCUUGCAGCUCAUAUUGCGUGGAUCACUGCAAGAUGAGAUUGUGAAUGAUGACUCCAAGACCAUAGUAAAUGCACCAUUAGAUGAUGCAAAGAAGAUACCAGGUGUGGAUGAACUGCGUACGGUUACAAAUGAAAUGGUUCGUCUAAUUGAAACAGCAACAGUGCCAAUUUUUGCUGUUGAUGCCUCGUGGAACAUAAAUGGCUGGAAUACUAAGGCAGCAGAAUUGACCGGAUUGUCUGUGAAUGAAGCUAUUGGUAUGCCUCUAAUUAAUGUUAUUGAGGAUGAUUCAGUUGAACUGGCAAAAAAUGUGCUAUGCUUGGCUUUGCAAGGAAAAGAGGAGCAAAAUAUAGAAAUCAAGCUUAAAACAUUUAGAUAUCAAGAAAGCACUGGGCCUAUAAUCUUGGUGGUUAAUGCAUGCUGUAGCCAUGACAUGAAGGACAAUAUUGUGGGAGUCUGCUUUGUUGCACAAGAUGUGACAGGGCACAAAAUGGUAAUGGAUAAGUAUACUCGCAUUCAAGGUGACUACAUUGCAAUAGUGAGAAAUCCGACUGAACUCAUCCCUCCAAUUUUUAUAAUCGAUGAGUAUGGUUGCUGUUUUGAGUGGAAUUCAGCAAUGCAGAAGUUAUCAGGUUUAAAUAGGGAGGUUGUAAUCAAUAAGAUGCUUGUCGGGGAGGUGUUCGGCCUCCACCAUUUUGGCUGUAGGGUCAAAGAUCAUGACACAUUAACCAAGCUCAGGAUAAUGCUGAAUGGUGUGAUUGCAGGCCAAGAUGCAGAGAAAUUAUUAUUUGGGUUCUUUGACAUCAAUGGCAAGUAUGUUGAAGCAUUACUUUCCGCCAAUAAGAGGACAAAUUCAGAGGGUAGAAUCACAGGUGUCUUAUGCUUUCUGCAUGUGGCCAGCCCAGAACUCCAACAUGCUCUGCAGGUACAAAAAAUGUCUGAGCAGGCUGCAAUGAACAGUCUAAAGGAAUUAGCUUACCUUCGCCAAGAAAUAAGGAACCCUUUUAAUGGGAUUGUAUUUACUCGCAAUUUGAUAGAGGCUACUAAUUUAAGUGAGGAGCAGAAGCAACUUCUUAGGACAGGUGCCCUUUGUCAAGAGCAGAUGACAAAGAUCUUGGAUGACAUGGAUUUAGAAAGCAUUGAGCAAUGCUACAUGGAGCUCAACACAGUAGAGUUUAACCUUGGGGAAGCUCUGGAUGCAAUCAUGAUGCAGGGAAUGUCUCUAAGCAGAGAGCGGCAGGUGCCACUUGUUCAUGAUUGGCCUGCAGAAGUGUCCUCCAUGUUCUUAUAUGGUGAUAAUCUGAGGCUUCAGCAGGUUCUAUCAGACUUCUUGUUGAAUGCACUUCAGUUCACAACCCCUACUGUAGGAUCAAUUUUGCUCCAAGUCCUUCCAAGAAAGGAAUUUAUAGGAACUGGAGUGCAGAUCGUUCACCUUGAAUUCAGGAUUGUUCAUCCAGCACCUGGAAUCCCCGAGGCUUUGGUACGGGAGAUGUUCCACCAUAGCCAGGGCAUAUCAAGAGAAGGCCUUGGCUUGUACAUCAGCCAGAAACUUGUGAAAACAAUGACUGGGACAGUACAGUAUCUUAGGGAAGCUGAGAGAUCAUCUUUCAUAAUUCUAGUGGAGUUUCCCUUAGUUCACAACACCUGUAGGAGAUGAUUUCAUUUAUAGGAGAAAUCAGUCCUUACCUAAUGGUCACCUUCCCUCAGAUCACUCCAUCUUCAAUUGAAUAGAGGCCUGCGAUUGAGCUGCAAGAAUUAGCACACAGUUGGUAACAAUGUUGAUAAGGGAAGCAAACAGUGGGUAAGUGGCAUGCACUGACAACUCCAGUUUCAGUUCUUGCUUGAAGGUUGAAUGUAUGUCUUUUCUUAAAUAAGUUAUUGUACUGUGUAUGAAUUUGCAAGAAAUAAAUGCAGAGUAUGCUUUUAAUCUUUAGUA